UCAUUCUUCAUUUAAGAACCCUCCCCAAAAAAAUCCCAGCUUUUUUCGAAAGAUUUUGAUAAAAGAGAACAAGAUGAUUAUCCCUGUUCGCUGCUUCACUUGCGGAAAGGUGAUUGGGAACAAAUGGGACACGUAUCUCGAUCUCUUGCAGGCGGAUUACACUGAGGGGGAUGCACUCGAUGCACUAGGCCUAGUCCGCUACUGUUGCAGGCGAAUGCUGAUGACUCAUGUUGACCUUAUCGAGAAGCUUCUCAACUACAACACACUGGAGAAAAAUGAAUCCAGUUAAUGCUCGAGAUGGUUGGGUCACAUAGGCAAAGCUCAUGGUUUGAUGUCACUGUAGGCAAUGGAGGCUGUAAUUGUUUCUAUGCUUGAGCGUUUAUGGUUGUAUGCUCAUAUGACUUGUGCUGGUUGAUGGUAUGCCAUGAGAAUUUAAGAUCAGCCGAAGUAAAUCCUUAAGAUAUUGAUGAUGUUGUUAGUCUCGGAGUGCCUGUAAAUGUGAAUCUUUGACGGAUUUGCACUUUUCAUUAAGUUUUUCAUUGAAAUUUUGAUAGUAUAAGUUUGUACUUGCUGGAUAAUGAGAUCUUGUUCUUGAA